AUGCUAUUUUGCUGUUACCUCGCAAUACGGAAGGGACAGGGCCGGAGUCGUAGACAGUCAGCAAAUGACGCCGCUCGGCACGAUUCGCCGCCAGGAGUGGCGGACCAUGUGGAUGCAGACCGAACCAGCUCCAUGUUUUUUCAUUCCAUUUUCAACGGACGCCUGCUGUUGCAGCAGCUGAUCCCGAUAUUAGUCAACCAAGUCGCACAGGACCUGCUUCCAUUCCCACUCGGGGGCCACUAUCGCACAACCGACCUGGAGCAAGUCACGUAUCUCACAGCCGUUUGUGUAGCCGUCAUGUUCGUGUUGCACCUAUCGAUACAUUCGACGAUUACAACUAGCACAGCCACUUCUGCGGCGCAGCAUCGGAGCCAGCACUUUCUCAAGCGCAUCAUCAGCAAAGCGAGUACGAACUUCACAGCUGACGCUGACCACAGCUGCGAUCUCUACUCGUCGAACCAAUCAAGAAUCUCGCAUACACUUCCGCAGGAUCAAAGUAGCAUCAAUUUUUCCUCCGACCAGCUAUCCGAAAUCCAUUCUGACCGAGAUUAUACAACCAGGGGACAGCAGGAGGAAGAUCCCAAUUCUAGCUGUGUGCUGACCCCGUCUUCGAAUGGAGAGGAAACAGCUCCUGUGAAAAUUUUGACACAGAAGACAGGAAACAAUGUAAAGGUAAAUGGUACCCGCCCAUCAACAACUUCCGGUACUCACGGUGGAUUCGCGUCAAAUAGAAACAACACAAACCUGCAAAACCAAGUUGCCGCUGCCGAAAACAAAUCGCUCCCGUCGCCCGCCAAGAAGCCGAGUGCCAUCGAAGACCAUGCAAACCGAUGGCAGUGGCACCUUCAUAAAUCCUCCCCAUCGAGGAAAACGCUUGCCCCGCCGCCGCCGGCCCUCGUGGUUCCUCGGGAACUUUCCGCAACGCGGCGGCAAAGUCAGACCGGACAGGGUACCAGCGUUUUGGUCUCGCCGCGGGUUUUGUGCAAGAACAAAUGA